CUGCUUGCGGUGGAAAACACCAUUUCAAGAUGCGUUUGUUGACCGGUUAUAGAUUCAGCAGAUUUUACGCGUUUCUGGAUGAUCCUGCCUCCUGGCUGAUUUAAAAAGCCGGAACAUUCCGUUUCUUAGCAAUGGCAGGGAGGUUUCUGCUCCGUUUGACGAUAACCGCAUACUAACUUCGUUGCUACAGCUGUUGCUGGAGUGGAUAGGACUGCUCGACGUUAUAGCAAGCUAAAGGGGAUAUUAUACAAAUCUUGGUAACUGUUUUGAAGGGAUGCAUCGGACAUUUCCUUGGUGGUAUAGCUGAUUGUCGACUAUUUGCGCGCAGUUCCAGUUUUCGCUCCUGAAUUGCAACAGGCCCACAGGACGUCCAGGUUCCUCAGUGGAACUUGUAUUCCUCUAGCCAUUUCAUUGCUGCUGGGACUCCUCCUCUCAGAGGCGCAGCAAGGAGAUACGUUUGACAGAAAGCCGCCAACAUUCCGUGCUGCAAGGGCAACGCCGCCAUGUCUUCCAGUGGAGACCUGAGGGAUGUAGGCAGCUGCGAGAGCUUCUGGGAGCCGGGGAACUAUAGGAGGACAGUUAAGCGCAUCGAUGACGGCAGCAAGCUAUGCAACGAGCUGGUCAGCUGCUUUCAGGAGCGGGCCAAAAUCGAGAGGAGCUAUUCCCAGCAGCUUACUGAGUGGGCCAAGAAAUGGAGAGGCGUGGUGGAGAAAGGGCCACAAUAUGGCACGCUGGAGAAGGCCUGGCAUGCGUUCAUGAAUGCGGCCGACAAGCUGAGCGAGAUCCACAUGGAGCUGAGGGAGCACCUAGCUGUGGAGGACAGUGAGAAGAUAAAGAACUGGCAGAAGGAUGCCUUCCACAAGCAAAUGAUUGGCGGGCUCAAGGAGACCAAGGAGGCUGAGGAGGGUUUCCGCAAGGCACAGAAGCCUUGGGUCAGGAAGCUGAAGGAUGUUGAAUCGACCAGGAAGACCUACCAUCAGGCUCGGAAGGAUGAGAAGACCGCCGUAACCCGGGAGACCCACGCCAAGGCUGACCCAUCCAAGUCACAGGAGGAGGUCCGCAAGCUGCAGGAGCGUGUGGAGAAGUGCAACCAAGAGGCCGAGAAGGCAAAGGAACGCUAUGAAAAGGCCCUGGAGGAGCUCAACCGCUGCAACCCUCGCUACAUGGAGGACAUGGAGCAGGUGUUCGAGAUCACACAGGAGGCUGAAAAGAAGAGGCUCUGCUUUUUUAAGGAGGUCCUGCUGGACAUCCACCAGCACCUGGACCUCUCUAGCAGUGACAGUUUCAAAGCCCUGUAUCGAGACCUGGGCCAGACCAUAGCUGCAGCCAAUGAUGUGGAGGACCUGAGAUGGUGGAGGAACACACACGGGCCAGGCAUGAGCAUGAACUGGCCGCAGUUUGAGGAAUGGUCUCCAGAGGCCAACCGCGUCAUCAGCCGCAAGGAGAGGAACAGCAGGGCCGAUGACGUGGUCACCCUGACCAACAUCGUCUCAGCGGGAGAGGAGCUGCCACAGACCCCCCAAGAGACAAUCAGAGAUGGUAAAGACUACUCCUCGGACUGGUCAGACGAAGAGAGCCCCAAAAAGUAUAUUGCAACAAACGGGGUGGAUGAGGACGAGAAGGUAGCGGGAGUGCGAGUAAAAGCAUUGUAUGAUUACAUGGGGCAAGAGGCCGAUGAGCUGAGCUUUAAAGCAGGAGAAGAGCUAAUGAAGCUGGGUGAGGAGGACGAGCAGGGCUGGUGUAAAGGGCAGCUGGACAACGGAGAGGUUGGACUCUACCCUGCUAAUUAUGUCCAGGUCGUCGGCUCCUGAUGAGCGGCCACAUAGACAUCCUCAGCCAAUAACACUGAUGCCGUGCCAAGUGACAGCGACUGUGCCAUCAGUCCUGCCAACCCCAGUGCUGUUAUACUUGGAAGGAACGCCCAACAUUCUCUGUAAAAACGCAAUAAACAGGAAUCCCCAAGUAAAACGUAAGGGUUUUCAAAUAAGGAAUGGGAUGAGUGAUAAGGUUUUGGGGGAGAGAUCCCACCCAUGAGUUCGAUCCUUUGUCAUUGUGAGAGCCAUGACCCGCACAGUGCCUUUGGAGAAUAUGAGCGAAGUUGGCACGAUGCUCCUAACACGCAACACCCACAAGUGGCAGCUGGUGCCAUCAAAGUGUGGAGUCCAGUGGAGACGUCACACCAGUCUGCAGACUGCCAGGAGCUUCUCCCAGAACACACUGCACUUUUUCCCUUGUCAAACCUUAGCCUUUCAGUACUGGUCAGUCAGCUUCAUUUCACUGACACUGCUGGUACCUGGUCACUCAUCCUUUCGAAGGAAUAUUUAUUUACAAACCAGAUAGCUCAAACAAGAAUCCACAUCUGUUUCCUUUGCCGAUCUCUUUUGACUCUCAUUUGUAAGAGUUGCUGUAUCCAAGUGUAUGUGUUUCUGUACAUAUUUUUACAAAAGGGUGCUUGUUUCUUUGGUUUUGGCUAAUAUGUUUAGUAAUGAAUAUACUUCAGUGAGACAUGUACUGAUGCCUUUUGGUCCUGGUGAGCAGUUUGAAUUAGUAGAUUUAAAUGAGCUGAAAUAGGUUAAUGCUGCAGCUGCACCCAUGUUCCUGGUGAUAGCCUGAAAUGUGUUUGUUCACUAGCACCAGGGAUUCCCAGGGCUUUGGGAACAUGGGGCCUGUGAGGAAGUUUGAUCAAACUGAGCAGAAGCUCCACAUCCCUAUGUUACAGAUCACUGUGAGGGGCAUGGUUAAAAAGGUGGGCUGUUUUUUUAUCCAGUUAGGCUAACAUUUUACUUCCUUUAUUAUUUUUUUAAGGAAACCACAAUCUGUUUAAUACAUUAACUAAAAAGACUAAAAUUUGAGAGGAUCGGCUAUAUUGGACACUGUUGAUGAAUCUGUGAGGUCUUUUAGCAUUUCUGAAAGGGAAUCUGUCUGGGCUUUAGUCUCACAAGCCCAUACCUCUGCUUAAUGUCACUGUAAACAUACAUACAUAAAACUACUGUAAACUCCAAUGAGGUGAUCAUUGUAUGAAGGACAAUAAAACUAUUUGGGUAAUUCCA